UCUGUCAUUCUGUGUUUGUAUAAAUGUCAUUAUUUGUAUUACAUUUAUAUAUGCUUUUUUGGAAAGUUUUCUUUCCUCAAUUUAAUCAUAAAUCUACAUAAUGGGUCCCAAAAAGAAGAAGGGAGGGGCAGGAAAAACUAAACUAGGCGAACCUGGAUCAUUUCCAACACCUGAAACGAAUAAAGCAUUCCACGAACUUACAAUAAAAGAUUUAAAUCAAAAAUUAGCUCGUCUACGUCAAUCGUAUAAUGAAAUCGAAAAUAAGCUAACCGACACGCAAGAGGAAUUGAAAAAGCUGGAUGAAGAUCGUGCUGAGAUUAUUGCGUUUUUAGAACGUACAUUAUCAGCCAAAACAACAGAAAUUGCUAAGCUAACUGCUAAAAUUAUUCAAAUGGAAGAGGAAAGAGAUGCUGUUAUUCAAAUAUACAAAGACAAAGUAAUUCAAGUUGAACGAGAGUAUAAAAUUAUGCGCCAAGAUCUAAGCUCUAAAAUAAAACUACUUAUGGGCAAAUUGAAUUCUCUUGAAGAAUUUCGAUCUCAACGCAAUGAUUUAAUGGAAAAAUAUGAAAUACAAGAGAAACAUAUUGAAGAACAAGAAGAACGUCAUAAAAAACAGUUAUACGAAGCUGAACGGAAAUUUAUCAUAGGUAAAGAUUUAUUAAAAAAGGAAAUGGAAAACCGAUUAUUACAACUUUCAACUGAUUUUCAAAAAGCAACUGAAAUGAGAAUUGCCGCAACUACACAUCGAGUUAUGCGUGAAAAUAUUGCGUUAAAUAAUGAAUUUGAUUUAAUUUUUUCAACGUUACAACGUCUUGAAGAUGAGAAUGGAAAAUUAAAAUCCGAAGAUAAAGUAUUAAAAUUAUCUGUAAACUUGUUAGAUGAGGAGAAAAGACAAAUUUUUGAGAAAGCGAAUACGCAAGAUAAUCUUAUAAUACGUCUAUCACGUGAACAUGAUUCAAUGGUUAAGAAAUUAACUGUGGCAAAAGACAUAGAAAAAAAAUUGGAAGCUAAGCAAACAGAAUUGUAUGAAUGCAAUAAAACAAUUGGUAGGCUAAAAGCUGAAAAUUCAAAAUUAGAACAGUUUGUACAUCAAGUGAAAUGUGAUAAAUAUAAUGUAGAAACUGAAUACAUGAAUCAGAAAGUAGAAAAUGAACGUAUUAUAGACAUCGUUUAUUGCGUAAUACACACAAUUCAUAAGAUAAUGGAACAUAAAAUUAUAAGUAAUCCACGGAAAAAGUUCCGGCAUCUAUUACAAACAUUGGAUCGUAUUGAUGAAGAAGAACCAGCUCGUAUACUUUCAAUGGCAACUGUUAGUUCUAAGGUACAACCAUAUGCAGAGGAUUUAAGCUAUGUGCUAUUACCAAAAGUGAAAAAACAUACUUACGUAAGAAAUGUUCUUGAUAAAGACACAAGCGUUUCAUCUAGUUUAACCAAAAUGGCACCAUUUGUUAAACACGAACACGUUGAACGAAUAGAAGAAGAAAGUAUUGAAGAAGAACCUGAAAUUGAUGAGGAAGAAUAUGAACAGUCGACGAUAUCAUCUUCAGACGAACGUGAUCUUAUGACGAAUGAAAGUAUAGAUGAAGCUGUAUUUAAAUCAGUACAAGAAGGUGCAGCAGAAGAAGAGGAAGGAUAUCAAACAACUGAACCAGCAGACAUCAUAGACUAUGAAGUGAGUGGUGAAAUUAGAAGCGUAUUUGAUUUUCAUUCAAAGAAAUCGGUUUCAACCAUUUUAGAUAGAAAAGAAAGUGAAUAG